CUCCGGGGCGCUGGAUGCGGGGCGCACGCUGCGAUCCCCACCGGGCAGCGCGGGCCAGGGGGCGCUGGGCAGAAGGUCCGAGCAGUGGCUCGCGUCGCGGGGUCCCCACGCCCGCUGCUCUCUGCCCUCCUGGGUCCCUCCGUCUCUUGGGAAGUGUUGGCCGGAGGCAGGACCGUGUCUCCACCUCUGCUCGUCUCAGACUGACCGGCAUGGUACUCCAGCCCUGCGUGUCCUUCUGAGAACCGCGGACACUCCUGCAUCAGUGUGCAGGGGACCCUGCAGUGCCGGGGAUUGGACCCAAGUCCCCUCAUGCCAAGCAUGUGUCCCCUGCACCUCAGUCAGGUUGAGUUUCCCUCCCCGCCCCGAGCGGAGUCCCAGCAGCCGAAGACCUCCAGAACCCAGCCACAGCCAUGCUCAAGGCCCCUCUCCACAUGUUUGGACGAGCCUCACGCAUGAAGGAACCGGCAGAGGAACCCAGCUGUGCGGGACCCAGGGCUGAGAUCUCCAAGCCUGCUGGGAUCUGGACUGGGCCUCCUCCACCCAGAGCCCCCCACUUUCCAGUAGCUUGGCAGCCACACCCACAAACCACCCUGGCGUGUGUAAUCCCAUCAACAGCCAAGAUUCAGAGAGUAUAAAACAAUGCUCCCAGAAGCGACCUCUGAUAGUCUAGUUCUCCCUCUUGGAGAAUCUGGCAAGGUACCAAGAGCAUCUUACCCAUACGGCAGAGCCUGGCAUGCUCCCCGUGGUGUAUUCGGCAUGCCAAAUACAGUAACAAUGAUGGGUCUCAUUCCCCUGACCCUGAAAGAGCCUCCAAUACGUCACCACUGGGAAGAACGAGUAAAGAGAGGCUGCUAAAAUCUCGGGGCUAGGACAAAUGGAGACGUUACUGGUGCUCACUUGAGCAAACCGAUGAUCAACGGAAUGACAGUGAUAUUUUGUCUAGCAAAAUUAAUUUAAUAUCGAGAGACACCAAGCAUAAUGAUAAAUGGACUAAAAGGAGACUUUACUGCAAGUGGUUUAAAGGUGCGGCUCUGGAGCGUGGAGGGACCUUUUCCCAGUGCAUGGAAGGGAAGCCAAUGCGCAGGUGUACCAGCAUCCGACCCGGAGAGACAGCCAUGGACGUGACCAGCCGCUGCACCCUGGGCGACCCCAACAAGCUUCCCGAGGGGGUCCCGCAGCCCGCCCGCAUGCCCUACAUCUCCGACAAGCACCCGCGGCAGACCCUGGAGGUGAUCAACCUCCUGCGCAAGCACCGGGAGCUCUGCGACGUGGUGCUGGUGGUGGGCGCCCGCAAGAUCUACGCCCACCGCGUCAUCCUGUCGGCCUGCAGCCCCUACUUCCGGGCCAUGUUCACGGGCGAGCUGGCCGAGAGCCGUCAGACGGAGGUGGUCAUCCGCGACAUCGACGAGCGGGCCAUGGAGCUGCUCAUCGACUUCGCCUACACGUCGCAAAUCACCGUGGAGGAGGGCAACGUGCAGACGCUGCUGCCCGCCGCCUGCCUGCUGCAGCUGGCCGAGAUCCAGGAGGCCUGCUGCGAGUUCCUCAAGCGGCAGCUCGACCCCUCCAACUGCCUGGGCAUCCGCGCCUUCGCCGACACGCACUCCUGCCACGAGCUGCUGCGCGUCGCCGACAAGUUCACACAGCACAAGUUCCAGGAGGUGAUGGAGAGCGAGGAGUUCAUGCUGCUCCCGGCCAACCAGCUCAUCGACAUCAUAUCCAGCGACGAGCUCAAUGUGCGCAGCGAGGAGCAGGUGUUCAACGCCGUGAUGGCCUGGGUCAAGUACAGCAUCCAGGAGCGGCGCCUGCAGCUCCCCCAGGUGCUCCAGCAUGUGCGUCUGCCUCUGCUGAGCCCCAAGUUCCUGGUGGGCACUGUGGGCUCGGACCCCCUCAUCAAAAGCGACGAGGAGUGCAGGGACUUGGUGGACGAGGCCAAGAACUAUCUCCUGCUGCCGCAAGAGCGACCGCUGAUGCAGGGGCCCCGGACACGGCCGAGGAAGCCCAUCCGCUGUGGGGAAGUCCUCUUCGCAGUCGGAGGCUGGUGCAGCGGCGACGCCAUCUCCAGCGUGGAGCGCUACGACCCGCAGACCAACGAGUGGCGCAUGGUGGCGUCCAUGAGCAAGCGGCGCUGCGGCGUGGGCGUGAGCGUGCUCGACGACCUGCUCUACGCCGUGGGGGGCCACGACGGCUCGUCCUACCUCAACAGUGUGGAGAGGUACGACCCCAAAACCAACCAGUGGAGCAGCGACGUGGCCCCGACAAGUACCUGCAGGACCAGCGUGGGCGUGGCCGUGCUGGGGGGCUUCCUGUACGCCGUAGGGGGCCAGGACGGCGUGUCGUGUCUCAACAUUGUGGAGAGGUAUGACCCCAAGGAGAACAAGUGGACACGCGUGGCCUCCAUGAGCACCCGGAGGCUCGGCGUGGCCGUAGCCGUGCUGGGCGGCUUCCUGUACGCUGUGGGCGGCUCUGACGGCACCUCGCCCCUCAAUACAGUGGAGCGCUACAGCCCCCAGGAGAACAGGUGGCACACCAUCGCGCCCAUGGGCACCCGCCGCAAGCACCUGGGCUGCGCCGUGUACCAGGACAUGAUCUACGCCGUGGGCGGGCGCGACGAUACCACGGAGCUGAGCAGCGCCGAGAGGUACAACCCCCGGACCAACCAGUGGGCGCCCGUGGUGGCCAUGACGUCACGGCGCAGCGGGGUCGGCCUGGCCGUGGUGAACGGCCAGCUCAUGGCUGUUGGGGGCUUUGACGGGACGACGUACCUGAAGACCAUUGAAGUGUUCGACCCCGACGCCAACACGUGGAGGCUGUACGGUGGGAUGAACUACCGCCGGCUGGGGGGCGGCGUCGGCGUCAUCAAGAUGACACACUGCGAGUCGCACAUCUGGUGAGCCAGCAAGUGCCGGCGUGCCCGCCCCGGGCGUGGCCCGAGGACUCUGCGACACCCUCGCGACGAGCCCCUGCCGCUGGAGAACAUUCGGACCCAUCACCCCCGUCACGGUGCCUCGGCGGACGGGCGGGCGGGCGGACAGACAGACGGACAGACGUGGAGGGCAGCAGGCCAAGUCACCCGCCCCUGCCACCCGGGCACGCGCAAUCCCAGUUCUGUGCAGAGGAGUAUUUAUUUUUGGUUUUUAAUUUAUCACGUUUUGUUUUGCGGGGUUUGGGGUGUUUGGUUUUUGGACUUUAGCUUUCUUCCCACCACAAAAAAUGAGAGAAGAAACAACAGAGUCAAACUCUGUUUUGAGAUACUGCUCAAGUCUGGAAAGACCCAGAAGGGCAGGGAACGGUCCCCUUGUGACAUUUGGGCACUUCCUCCUUUGUCCCCUCCCCCGCCAGGCAGGGCAGGGGGGGGGCCCGGCCCGCGUCCAGGCCGCCAGGACCAGGAGACUUGGAAAUUCCAAAGAAAAGAAUAAAACCAGAUACGAGGAAGCAGCUGGUUUUAAAUAGUCCGAUGCGGGGAAGUCAAGUCACAGACGAGGACUCGGGCCCCAGGGCCCCUGGCAGAAACCCCCAUUUUGUUUUCUUCUUUGCCGGCCUUCUGCCCCUCUUAAGUCCUCUCCUAAGUGACCAGCUCAAAAGUGGCCGCUCCCCUCGGUCUAAGCCUCGAAUGGUUCUCGAGGCUGUCGUGUGGCUCCCAGCCGUGUGUCACGUGCACGGCUGUCGGCUCAGACAUGGAAGUGACCAGAGCGACACCCCUGCUGAGGAGCGGCCGCUUGAGAAACGGUCACCCCGGCCGCACGGACGGGGCAGCCCAGCGGCCUCCUGGUUCUGGCUCUCAAAUUGCACUUUUCUGGCGAAAUAUUAAAAACUUUAAGGAAAGUAA